UUAUCAAAUAGCAUUGUUUCACCCAUCUGGUAACAUCGCAAAUCGUAUUGUGCAAAAAGGAAAUAUAAUUUAGCCAAAACAAAAGCCAAAUAAGGAACAUGGCCCACGACCGCGAGGUGCUGCGAAUGAUCUGGGAGGGCCAGAUAGGCAUAUGCUUCCAGGCGGAUCGGGACGAGAUCGUGGGCAUUAAGCCGGAGCCUUUCUAUCUGAUGAUAUCGCGACUCAGCUACUUGCCUUUGGUGACUGACAAGGUUCGCAAGUACUUCUCACGCUAUAUAAGCGCCGAACACCAGGAUGGAGCUGUGUGGUUCGACUUCAAUGGAACGCCCCUGCGACUUCACUAUCCAAUUGGUGUCCUAUACGAUCUGCUGCAUCCGGAGGAGGACAGCACGCCCUGGUGCCUCACCAUUCACUUCUCCAAGUUCCCCGAGGACAUGCUCGUCAAGCUCAACUCCAAGGAGCUACUUGAAUCGCACUACAUGUCCUGCCUGAAGGAGGCAGAUGUGCUUAAGCACCGCGGCCUGGUCAUAUCCGCUAUGCAAAAGAAGGACCACAAUCAGCUUUGGCUGGGAUUGGUCAACGAAAAGUUCGAUCAGUUCUGGGCCGUCAAUCGGAGGCUAAUGGAACCGUAUGGCGAUUUGGAGUCCUUCAAAAACAUUCCCCUGCGAAUCUAUACAGACGAUGACUUCACGUACACCCAGAAACUGAUUUCACCGAUCAGCGUGGGCGGACAAAAGAAGAGUUUGGCCGAUUUAAUGGCCGAAUUAUCGACACCUGUGCGCAGAGCGGUUGGAUGUCGCACGCACGGCAUUGAUCUACACGAGGAGACCCAACUGCAAUGGAUGUCCGAGCAUCUGAGCUAUCCCGACAACUUUUUGCAUUUAUCGGUGGACUACAAGGAUGUUUAGCCUUAUCCCUAUAUGUAUAUAGCCCUAUGUUUUGCCCAGUUCGCGUGCGUGUAUAUUUAUGUUUGUGUUCGUGUCAAUGUGUGCUUGUGAGAGUGUGUGCAGUUCUAUUUUUCGAUUCCAGCAAAUCCCAGGGCGAUCCUCUGCGAUCGAUUUACAUACAUAUAUACGGAUCCAUGUAUAUAUCCAAAUAUAUGUCUAGUUAAGCUAAUCUGUAUGCUAUAUUUAUGAUAUAUGCCAGCAUUUAAAAGAAGCGAGCAGCGCAAACCAAACGAUUAAUGAAACUACCCACUAACUAAUAAUGCCAACAUACAGUUAAACUUAACUUUUUUUUUUUUUUUGGAUCAUAAUCUGCCGACUUUAGUUGCGAAAAACUUGAUUGAAAUUAAAGCACAGUUUUAUUACGUUUAUGUAAUUAUUUGAUACACUAAAAUGACAUCACGCCACACUAAUGAUUAAUGGAAACUAUUUUAUAUCGACCCAAUCAAAAAUAUAUAUAUAUACGAAAGUUAU